AAAAUAAUUCAUUAGGCCCUAAUCUAUGUACUUCGCAUGACUGGGAAUACAGAUAUGCAUUUGUUGGUCACAGAUACCUUUAAAAAAAAAGAAGGUAGGGGUGACCACUGCGCCACUCGGGAGCCCAUUCAUGUAUGAUGAUUCUGUAUCCUAACAGUUGAGAGCUCUGACACAGGUCCUUCAACUGCCAAUAGAAGUGCUCCAAGCUGAUUCUCCAUAAUCAUUGGAGAGGAAUUUAACAAGUCUCCCAUUAUGUUAGUACCAUGUCACCUCUAAACUUCCCCAGCUUCGUCUACCAAUGAAUUUGAGUGGUUACAAUUCUCCAACCUCAUUCUUCAGCCUUAUAGAUAAACAACGUGACGAGGGCUGCCAUUUUGUUGAAAAACAAAUGAAGCCAAAUGAUGAAUUUGUGCCUUUUUAAUUGUUAAUAUUGUUUUUUAGGUACGUGCGUCAUGCGUAUGGACUGGGAGAACAUUACAACUCAGUGGAACGUCUGAAGGAACUCAAGAUGAAAGCUGACACUCAUUGAGUUCAAUUAUAACAAACGCUAAAGUGUAGCAUGGGUGGAAAUUGAAAAAAAUGUGGGAACCCACCAAUGUAAAACCUAUGCAUUCACAAAGUCAAAUGACAAAAAUAAUUUCACUCCCGGAGAUACACACAGACUUGCCAUCCAAGGAAUUCGAUGGGAGGAGUGAAAGGCAGAGACUGAAACUAAUACCACCACCUAACUAUGUGAGGACUGAGAGAAUAGUUACCAUCACAGUGACACACUGGAAGUAACUUUGUACAUCCUUCAUCAGUGUUUAUGAAUACUUCUGAAAUCACCAUGGAAAUGUUGUCUAUUAAAUAUAUAUUUUGGUGGUGAUGUGCUGUUAUUUCUAAUGACAGCAAUAUAUCAAAGGCCGAUGGUCUUUUCUGGGUGUGUUGUAAUGAAACAGCAGGUCUCGAACCCUCGACCUUCUGGCCCGAAGACCAGCGCGCUAUCGACUGUGCCCCCAAAAACGGCAGGGUCGGUAUCCGCGUUUAUAAACCCAGGGUUGUUACACGCGCUGAUGGACAAUAUUGUCUCAUACAAUAAAAUGUUUUUCAAUUCCAGUUUCAUUUCCCGCUGGAAAGACAUUCAUGCAAAAAACGUUACAGCAUAUUAUCCUGUUGAAUGUCCAUUGUCCAUUUUAUUUCAAUUCAACGCGUGUGAUGAGAUUAGGGAUAUGCUUUUAUAGUAGCUAGAAUGGUUCUGAAGUUCAGACGAUACAUUUGUUAAAAGAUUUCCAGAAGGAAAUAGAAAACCAGACAGGUUUCCAGGAGAGACCGCCAGAGUUCACUAAAGUGUCCCAAAGGGGAUUACCGUCAACUGACGAGCAUCUCGUUUCUAUGGGAACCUGCCUACCUUGUAGGACGCGGUGUUUUUAUUCAGUGUAACAAAUCAUGGCUAACAAUCUGGUUAUCAGAGCUUUGAAAGCUAACUCAAAGUCGUUCAAUUUGAGCUCCAAGAAAAUGACCGAGGUUCCCAAAUCGGUUGCGAGAUUAACACAUAUUUUGACCCUUCAUUUGAACAAUAACUCUCUUACUUCUCUGCCUGUGGAACUGCAGACGUUACGAAACUUGACAGAACUCAAUUUGGGAAAUAAUUCUCUGGACGAGGUCCCAUCUGUUCUGAGAUACCUGAACACCUUGAAAAAACUUUAUUUGUUUGGAAACCACAUUACAAGAUUGCCACCUGAGGUGUUAGAUGGACUUGAUAACCUCACUCUCCUCAAUCUGAACCACAAUCACAUCACAGUCCUUCCACCAGAGAUUAAAAGUCUUUCUAACCUAGAAACCCUCAGUUUACUGGACAACCAGUUGGAGGAACUUCCUGUAGAAAUAGGUUUUCUCAAGAAGAUGGUUGAGAUGAAUUUAACCAACAACAAGCUGUCCAGACUGCCCAAACAGAUAUACAGUUUGUCACAACUGGCCAGAUUAUAUCUGGCCAGAAACAACCUCACAGAACUGCCAGAGGGUGUUAUUGGGCUGAUGAAGCUCAGAGUGCUGGAUGUGGCUGGAAACCGUUUAUCCAUGUUUCCUGUCGACUUCCAGCUUCUGACCCUGAAUGAGCUGCUCUGCGAAGGAAACACAUUCGUGAAGAAUAAGCUGAUGGAAUCUGUUCAAGCUGUGGAGGUGCUGUCAUUGAAGGAGCUGUCUGCUCGUCGGAUCCUGGUGGAGGACAAGAGUAGGUUGGGUGUGGUCCACAGGGCUCUGUCGUACCACCCUGGUCUGAGCCUGCUGCUGGCUGACUGGGGCAGGUGUUCCCUCUGCCUCCAACCCUUCCUCACCACCUGGCUGGAGUGUGUACGCUUCAUCAACCUCAGGAAGGACAUGAAGAUGAGCCGUCCUCAGACCGUCCCUGUACGUGUUCUCCUCUGUUCCUACAAGUGCUUCAAUAAGAGCGGACAUUCAUACUAUGGUGUCGCGUCUGUGUGAAGAGGUACUUCUAUUAAAACAUGUAUUCGAUGUAAUUAUAAGGAAGUAGUCCCUGUUCUUUCAAUCCAGUAUGUAUUGUCUGCAUGUCCACCAGGUGGCAGCAGAGGACCAUAGUAAGAGACCAGACUCCUGACACAAUAUCAUAAGGCCAAAACAAUGAGCUAGGUUGGCCAGAGAGCUAGGUUGGCCAGAGAGCUAGGUUGGCCAGAGAGCUAGGCUGGCCAGAGAGCUAGGUUGGACAGAGAGCUAGGUUGGACAGAGAGCUAGGUUGGACAGAGAGCUAGGUUGGACAGAGAGCUAGGUUGGCCAGAGAGCUAGGUUGGACAGAGAGCUAGGUUGGCCAGAGAGCUAGGUUGGCCAGAGAGCUAGGUUGGACAGAGAGCUAGGUUGGCCAGAGAGCUAGAUUGGAUAAAGAGUAUAGAGAGUUCAACAUUGUUCACUAUAAAACAGUAUAACACUAUAAGUAACACUAUAAGUAUAUUAACCACAUGUAUGAUAUGUUAUAUACAAAGGAUGGUCCAUUGAUCUGUGUUUUCAGUUAGACAUGUUAUUACCAGGAUGGUCCAUUGAUCUGUGUUUUCAGUUAUAGACAUGUUAUUACCAGGAUGGUCCAUUGAUCUGUGUUUUCAGUUAGACAUGUUAUUACCAGGAUGGUCCAUUGAUCUGUGUUUUCAGUUAUAGACAUGUUAUUACCAGGAUGGUCCAUUGAUCUGUGUUUUCAGUUAUAGACAUGUUAUUACCAGGAUGGUCCAUUGAUCUGUGUUUUCAGUUAUAGACAUGUUAUUACCAGGAUGGUCCAUUGAUCUGUGUUUUCAGUUAUAGACAUGUUAUUACCAGGAUGGUCCAUUGAUCUGUGUUUUCACUUAUAGACAUGUUAUUACCAGGAUGGUCCAUUGAUCUGUGUUUUCAGUUAUAGACAUGUUAUUACCAGGAUGGUCCAUUGAUCUGUGUUUUCAGUAAUAGACAUGUUAUUACCAGGAUGGUCCAUUGAUCUGUGUUUUCAGUUAUAGACAUGUUAUUACCAGGAUGGUCCAUUGAUCUGUGUUUUCAGUAAUAGACAUGUUAUUACCAGGAUGGUCCAUUGAUCUGUGUUUUCAGUUAUAGACAUGUUAUUACCAGGAUGGUCCAUUGAUCUGUGUUUUCAGUUAUAGACAUGUUAUUACCAGGAUGGUCCAUUGAUCUGUGUUUUCACUUAUAGACAUGUUAUUACCAGGAUGGUCCAUUGAUCUGUGUUUUCAGUUAUAGACAUGUUAUUACCAGGAUGGUCCAUUGAUCUGUGUUUUCAGUUAUAGACAUGUUAUUACCAUAUUAUAAUUACAGAAUUGAGAAAUGUACUUCUAGGCUAUUGCAUUAAUAAUUCGGUUAAAAUAUGUUCCACAAUUAAAUAUCUAAAUAUAUUUGAAUACUUUAUACAUGUUUACUAGAUUUGUACACUUUAAUUUGUUCACUGAGUCCUCUCCUAUUGUGUCAUUCUCAGCGUACGGUGAUCUAUCCAUCUCCAUUCUCCCUCUCAGGCCGAUGGCAUCUGUUCAUUCCAAUCUGAGAGAGAGAGAGAGAAGUUAAUUCCUCUGGGUUAAUUCCUCCUCGUUCCCUCCAGAGUACAGAGAGACCUCAGCUUGUUGCAGUGUCUACAGACAGACAGACAAGAGUUGGGUCUGGCUCAUGAAUUAUGCAUAAGGUUUAAUUGCAAACCCAGAAAUGAAUGACUUUGGACUGAUUUAGAGCAGGGGAACCAUACAUCUCUGCAAAAAUAAAUAAAUAAAGACAACUAAUUGAUGAAUAAUUAAGGCCGUGCACGGAAGGACGGCUCGUAGCUCGGAGCUACAGGGCAUAUUUGUGACAUUUCGUUUCAAUCAAUUCCAAAGCACUAGUCUGGUUGGGAGGGAAAGUGCACUUAGAAGAGAGACAGAGAGGAUGUCCUGAGAGACGACCUUGACAGAGGAACAGAGAGGAUGUCCUGAGAGAUGGCCUUGACAGAGGAACAGAGAGGAUGUCCUGAGAGAGACAGCCUUGACAGAGGAACAGAGAGGAUGUCCUGAGAGAGACGGCCUUGACAGAGGAACAGAGAGGAUGUCCUGAGAGACGGCCUUGACAGAGGAACAGAGAGGAUGUCCUGAGAGAGACGGCCUUGACAGAGGAACAGAGAGGAUGUCCUGAGAGAGACAGCCUUGACAGAGGAACAGAGAGGAUGUCCUGAGAGAGACAGCCUUGACAGAGAAACAGAGAGGAUGUCCCGAGAGAGACAUCCUUGACAGAGGAACAGAGAGGAUGUCCUGAGAGAUGGCCUUGACAGAGGAACAGAGAGGAUGUCCUGAGAGAGA